AUGUGGCACUCUUGGGGCUGCUCGUGCGGCUGCACCUUCUCCCCCAUCAUCUACGAGGAGGGCUCGAUCCACAUGGACCAGCACGUCUUCGACCAGUGGAACUUCUCGCACGCGAUCUGGGGCUUCGCGCUCGGCGCGGUCACGCACGCGCCGCGGUCCGUCGCCGCGUGGAAGAUCGGCUUCCUCUUCGUGCUCUGGGAGUUCUGGGAGAACGUCGUCGAGGUCGCCUUCUCGACCUACGCGCCGGGCCAGUACAUGGGCGACUCCGUCGUCAACUCCGUCUUCGACAUGAUCCCGUCGAUGCUCGGCGUCUGGCUCGGCCGCCGCGGCUUCGGCGCGUGGCCGCUCGUCGUCGUCGCGGAGGUCGCCGCGACGCGCGCGGGCUUCGGCAUCCACUCCGUCUUCCUCGGCCACCAGGGGUCCAUCUGCGACGUCCGCGCGCCGGGCGAGUUCGGCACCUGCGCCCAGGCGUACCUGGUGCGCCUCGUCGUGCUGCCGGUCCUCUUCUCGCAGCUCGACGGCCUCCUCUGGCGAUGUCUUGCGGCGCGGCGCCGCCGCGCCGGGGCCCCGUCCAAGGCCGCCUUCUGUCCCAAGGCGACGUAG